AAAAGCGCGCCCUACCCACUGAACAUCAGUGGCAGGGAGUGAAUCUUUUUACAGGCACCAGCACAAAGAAGAAAAGCAUCAGAUAUUCAGCACAUCAGAUAUGAGUCUCCAGGUUUGCGGCUGUUGUGGCUGGUCCAAAGUCACGACCUACCAUGGCCUGAGAACUCACCAGGGGAAGAUGGGAUGCACACCGAAGGGUGUGACGGUGGCAGAGAGUGAACAGCAGUUCAUGUGGGGUCAUGUGGAACUUACAAACAAUCAGAAGGAUAUUGGGCUGGAUGUCUACGCCUCCAUCAAGAGUGAUGCAGGAUACUACUAUUCAGACAUGGACCUCCAGGUUUGUCACUGUGGCUGGUCCAAAGUUACAACCUACCAUGGCUUGAGAACUCACCAGGGGAAGAUGGGAUGCACGCCAAAGAGAAUGAGGAACCCGAAGAAAGAGCAUUACGACUGGAACAAUCAGUGGGAAGAAGCGGAUGAAAGCAAAUAUCAGCCGGCUAAGAGAGAGACUGUCAAGAAGGAGAAUGUGCCACGGUCAUCAAGGACCAACAGCCAUACCGUCUCUGCAGCAAUAACAAGCAGAGUCAAGGUGGAAUACAACUCAUCAUUUUCAACUCCACAACGCUCUUCCCAAAAAGCCACAAAGUCACACAGUCAGCUGCAGGAUUUGUAUACACUUCCACAGGGGAGGAGAUCAGACAGGGAGCCUCCAACACCAGCAUACCCUGAAACAGUGGUGCGACCUAAGAAGAAAGACAGGAGGGAACAAACAUUAUCACAGUAUGAACAGUGGUUACAUGAGGGGAGGAGAUCAGACAGGGAGCCUCCAACACCAGCAUACCCUGAAACAGUGGUGCAACCUAAGAAGAAAGACAGGAGGGACCAAACAUUAUCACAGGUAGCAGAUAGUAAAGCAAGGACAGGGUAUUGGAGCACCAACAGCUAUACUGACCCUCCAACAGCAGCAACAAUCAAGGGAGAGCCUGAAUCACCAAUUCUUCAACGCUCUUCCAAGAAAGCCACAAAAUCAAAGUCAGGCCAUCAGCUGCAGGAUUUCUACACCCUUCCACAGGUGAAUACAUCAGUCAGGGAGCAUCCAAUACCAACAUACCCAGUACCAGUAGAAGAAAGGAAGAAGAAAGAAAGGAGGGAACAAACAUUAUCACAGUAUGAACAGUGGUUACAUGAGGGGAGGAGAUCAGACAGGGAGCCUCCAACACCAGCAUACCCUGAAACAGUGGUGCAACCUAAGAAGAAAGACAGGAGGGACCAAACAUUAUCACAGGUAGCAGAUAGUAAAGCAAGGACAGGGUACUGGAGCACCAACAGCUAUACUGACCCUCCAACAGCAGCAACAAUCAAGGGAGAGCCUGAAUCACCAAUUCUUCAACGCUCUUCCAAGAAAGCCACAAAAUCAAAGUCAGGCCAUCAGCUGCAGGAUUUCUACACCCUUCCACAGGUGAAUACAUCAGUCAGGGAGCAUCCAAUACCAACAUACCCAGUACCAGUAGAAGAAAGGAAGAAGAAAGAAAGGAGGGAACAAACAUUGUCACAGGAAUAUUGGAGCAUCAACAGCCGUAAGGACUCUGCAACAACAGCCACAAUCAAAGAGGAGCCGAAAUCACCAGUUUCACUGCAGUCUUCUCAAGCAGCCAAAAACUCAACGUCAGGCUAUCAGCCGCAUGAUUUCUCCACUGGUGUGCAGGUGACUAAAUUGGGAAAGGAGCGUCCACCUAUUCCACCAAAGCUCUUCAAGGUGAAGAUCAAGGAACUUCCAACAACCACACACCCAGCAACAGUAGUGCGACAUAAGGAACAGUGCAGGGAGGAUCAAACGUUGUCACAGAAUGUGCCAGUAUCCCGGAGCGUCAACUCUGCAACAGCAACCACAAUCAAGGAGAGGCCAAAAUCCCCUUUUUCAACUCCACAACAACCUGUCCAAAGAGUGACAAACUUAAAAGCAGUCCAGCAGCUGCAGGAGUCCUGCACUGGUUUGCAGGUCAAUGGAUCGGGCAGGGGGGUUUCAAGAACUCCUCUGGCCACAGCAGUCCAGCCUAAAGUGAAGGACAGGAAGGACCAAACACCAUCACAGAGUGUCCCCGAUUCAACAAAUUCUGCAGCAGCAGAGGCCACAACUAAGAAGGAUCCCAAAUCAGUGUGUGAGACUGUGCAGCCUGAUUCCUCCACUGGACUGAAGGUGAAGGAACUGGCCCAGAUGUUUUCAGCUGCCACAACCCAGGAAGCAGCAGUCCGACCAAAGAAGAAUCGCAGAGGGGAACAGAAUCUAUCACAGGUGAAGCUAUUAGCCCAGGAACUUUCAGAGGCCACCACAGUCAGGGUAACAGCAGUCCAACCAAAGGGGAAUGGCAAGGAAGAUCCAAAGCUGUCACAGGUACAGAAUGUACCCGAUUCAGAAAGUGCCACCGCCCAGAUGAAUUCUGCUUCUGCAGAAACCACAACUGAGGAGGAUCCUGACAUAUAUUCCGCUGCUGGUAUGAAGGUAAAGGAACUGGCCCAGAUGUUUUCAGCUAUCACAACCAACAAAACAGCAAUCCAACCAAAGGGGAAACACAAGGGGGAACAAAAACUCGCACAGGUGAAGCCAUUAGCCCGGAAAGUUUCAGCUACCACAGCACAGGUAGCAGCAGUCCAGCCAAAGAAUAAAGACAAGGAGGAUCAGCAGGUGAGACCCACCGACAUAAAGCACAAAAUCCAGAUGAGAGAACCAAAGGUGGAUCAAGGCUCCAGAAACUGGAGAAAAUGUCCUCCAUUGAACUGAAAUGGAUUUCCAAGUUUGCAGUGGACAUAAAGCUGGACCCAACCACUGCACACAGAUGCCUUGUUUCUGCUGAUGGGAAGAAAGUGAGUAACGGAGGAGGGAACCAGGAAGCUCCUGGGAGGUUUGGCAACGUCCUGGGACUCAACAGGUUGACUUCUGGGAAGUCGUGCUGGGAGGUUGUUGUGAGCAACAAGACGGGGUGGAAUCUGGGUGUAGCGAGAGGCAAUGCAAACCGCAGGGGGAAACUCUCACUGAACCCAGAUAACGGUUACUGGGUUACUGAGUAUUAUGGCAACAAGUAUGCAGCCUUUACAGCUUCACCAGUUCAGCUUUCCCUGAAAGAGAAACCACAAAAGGUGGGGGUGUUUGUGGACUACGAGGAAGGUCUUGUGUCCUUCUACAAUGUGACGGCUUGAUUGUACAUCUGCUCGUUUACUGAGUGUUCGUUCAACUAUUUCAGUUUGCACCUUAAAGAAAAUGGUGAAAGUGCCGAUCCUCUGAUUAUCUCAACUGUGUAAUCUCAACCAGUAAUUAUGCAUGCUAUCAUGAGUGUGUGUGCAACAUACUCUUGCUAUUUACUUCUUUCAUAUUUUUUAAGGUUAAUGUAGUUUUUGUUGAAGCUGUAUUUUGUAGGGGACACACGAGACACAAAAAUGGUGAAUAUUCAACACAUUCUCACUCCGACCUCGUUGCAUAUUGACGUUUUGGUCAUGGACUUUCCACAUCCACACAAGACGUGAAAGGUACCCUGAGUGUGUUGGUUGACGUUCUGGGACACCGUGUGAAGUUCUCUUCUUUAAAGAUAGACUUCCGUUUUUACAGGAAACUUCACGUUUACAUACAGUCUCUUUACAGAUAAACACACUUGUACAACACCACAUCGGUACAACACCACACAUUGGAUUUUUUUCCUGUAACAACUAAUGCGCACGGUUAGGUUUAGGCAACAAGAACACGUGGUUCGGUUUAGGCACCAAGAACACGAGGUUAGGUUUAGGCAACAAGAACCUGUGGUUAGGUUUAGACAACAAGAACACAUGGUUAGGUUUAAGCAACAAGAAUACGUGGUUAGGUUUAAGCAACAAGAAUAUGUGGUUAGGUUUAAGCAACAAAAAUCCGUGGUUAGGUUUGAGCAACAAGCACACGCGGUUAGGUUUAGACAACAAGAACACGUGGUUAGGUUUAGGCAACAAAAAUCCGUGGUUAGGUUUGAGCAACAAGCACACGCGGUUAGGUUUAGACAACAAGAACACGUGGUUAGGUUUAAGCAACAAAAAUCCGUGGUUAGGUUUGAGCAACAAGCACACGCGGUUAGGUUUAGACAACAAGAACACGUGGUUAGGUUUAGGCAACAAAAACAAAAACUUUCUUCCUUGUCCAGGUGCGUUUCCCCUGACACUGCCGGGCGCAAGUCACUGCCCAAAUGCUGGAUUGCGACGACUUCUGAGUGAGACCAGGCUCGAAUACCAGAUCAGCACAGUUCCAGAUAUGUGUCUCAAAGCCUCUAGUACGGUUCAAGAUCCAAAACAACUGGAUCCUCCAUUACCUUUUAAGUUUAAGUUUAUUCACUUUAUUAAUCCCCCUGAGGGGAAAUUCAAUGUUUUCACUCUUGCUUGUCAAUUACACACAGGUCUGAAAGGUCUUCAGGUCUUUAAUGCAACUGACUUUGGGUCUUUUGUUAGGCCCGACUUAAACAAUGUCAGAAGGGUCAUUUUUAUUUUUGGAACACUCCCUUCAGAGUCAUUUAAGAUAUGGGACUCCCUUAAAUUUUGGUAUUUCACCUGGACGGACGUAGUUUUGCAUGACAAGCACACGUUGAGUGCAUGUUCACACUUUAUUUGAUAACCUGUAAGAAUUCAAAGUAAUGAGACGUAAGUCAGUAUCACAGUGUGGGCUAGUUUUAUUUCCAAACCAAAAUUAUGAGUAGUCAGACUAGACUGAAUAAUACACAAACAACAUGAGUAGGUUUAUUUGCAUGUCAAAUCAGAAGGCACACAGUAUUUGUAUAUUUGGUCUCACACCUCGGUACAUGGAAAUUAUUGGUCUGCCUUGGCUGGUUUGGGCUUCUUUUUAGAAACAUUACAUUUUUAUCGGAAUACACACACCCCAUCUGAGCAGACUUUGUUAGAAAUAAUUUAGUCCGUCUAAAUGUCAAUAUAUUGUAACACUAUUUAGUUGUACAUAGUUUUCAGCGUAACGUCAUGGUUUAUUUUCGGCCUUAUCAGCAGUCAGGUUAAAGUCACAUGAAAAUCUGCAGAGGUCAGACAUUAGUCAUGGUUGCAGCUGUGUCAGCAGUACAAGGAGCAAAAAUUGAAGUCUUUUUGGAAGGGUUACAGCAAACAUUAAGUUAAUGAACAACUUUGUAAGUUAUGCUUUUGUCAAGCUUAUCUGAGAAGGGAUGAGACGACUCAUCGCGUAUCAGGCACGCAAUACUUUGUGUACACAGGAGGUCAUGCAGUGAGGCACUGUCCCCGGGUCAAAUGCCAAGUUUUUAGGAAAGUCCAGAGAAGAUAAACAUUAUCAGUGUUCAGUUUUAGUGGUUUUGAUUAAUGGUAAAUAAACUGAACUGAAUGUGGUUUUGCUUAAUGUCAUGUAAGACAGCUCGAGUUCACUUUUAUUUUUCUAUGUACCUGUUUAAAAAGAUAAUUUUGUACGAAUUCAAGUUCUGUAUCAGCAAGUUGUUUCUGUUUUUAUAAGAAACUUUAUUUGCUACUG